AUGGAGAUGUACUUGGAAGUUUUGUAUCUUUGGGAAGCAGUAGAAGAAGACUAUGAAAUUCCUGCACUUCCGAGCAAUCCCACCAUGGCACAGAUAAAAGCACAGAAUGAAAAGAAAACAAAGAAAUCAAAGGCAAAGGCCUGCUUGUUUGCUACAGUCUCAUCCACCAUAUUCACUCGUAUCAUAUCUUUGAAGUUAGCAAAAGAGAUAUGGGAUUAUCUCAAGAAAGAAUAUAAAAGAGAUGAAAAAAUUAAAGGGAUGCAAGUCCUGAACUUGAUCAAAGAAUUUGAACUUCAAAGAAUGAAGGACUCCGAGACGGUUAAAGAUUACUGCGACAGGCUUUUUAGUAUUGCAAACAAAGUAAGGCUUCUUGGAUCUGAAUUUAUUGACUCAAGAAUUGUAGAAAACACUUUUGUCACAGUACUUGAAAGAUAUGAAACAACUAUCACUACCUUGGAGAAUACCAAGGAUCUGUCAAAAAUUUCCUUAGCAGAAUUGCUUAAUGCAUUGCAAGCACAAGAACAAAGAAAACUAAUAAGGGAGAAUACAACAAUUGAAGGAGCUUUGGCAGCCAAUCACCAAAACAUGGCCAAAAACAAAAAGAAGAAGAAGAAGGAUUUUGAAUCAUAUGGGGCAUGUAAAGCAUCAGCCAAUGCAAAAGAAAAGAAUAAAAGUCAAAAGAAAUCUUAUCCAUCUUACCAACAUUAUGGAAAAAAGGGUCAUCCUCUAAUUAGAUACUGGAGAAGACCUGAUGCUAAGUUCACUAAAUGUAAUCAGAUGGGGCAUGAAACUACUAUCUAUAAAAACAAAAAUCAACAACAUGGUGAAAAGGCAAAGACUGCUGAUCAAGAGGAAGAGGAUCACUUGUUCAUUGUUACAUGUUUCUCUUGCAUCGAAAUCAAGUGA